AUGUCUCUGCACUACCUCCCCCCCGUCAAGCCCUCGGCCAUCGCCCUCGGCACCGCCUUCAACCACGGCAUCGAGCUCGCCGUCCUCUCCCCCAUCUUCGGCCAGACCUACCAGCGCGCCAAGACGGCCAACACCAAGGAGGAGUUCCUGCGCUCCAAGGAGGCCAGCGGCGCCGCCGCCGCCUGGGGCACCUCGUUCGUCGGCGCCGCCCUCCAGAGCUACGGCGUCGGCGCCCUCAUCAACGCCACCGGCACCCUGUCCUACAAGGGCGCCGCCUACCUCGGCGGCCUCAUCUUUGCCGCCACCGCCGCCCCGACCUUCCUCGCCCAGAUCUUCAGCGAAAAGAGGCCCCUCGACACCGUCGGCGUCAGCGUCGCCGCCAAGCUCUUCGAGACGGUCGGCCUGUCCAUCUUCCUCACCUGGUGGGGAACUCGCACCAACCCCUUUGACUAA